CUUAUUUGUUACAUUAUUUUUGUUCGAAUUAAGACAAUUUUAGGAUUAGGGUGUUAAUGCUGGCGGGACGGAUGGUAAUUUUAUCACCAUGGAAUACAGGAAGGACGGUGCUAUACAUUUGACUUUGUCGAAUCAUUUUAUAAAAAAUUAUAAAAUUUAUAUAUAAAAAUCUAAAAAAAAAGAAGACGAAUUUUUUAAGUUGUUACGACAAUAACAAACCAGCGUGAAAUUAGUUAAUUUUCAUAUGAAAUAUGUUUUCUUCUUUAAUGUAAAACUUGCCAGCAUGUUCUCUAAAGAUUUUUAUAACUAAUGAAUAAAAUACAAUUAAAAGAGAGUUUCUUAAGGAUAGAAUUGAACGAUGUUUUGCGAUCAAAUAUGUAUAGUUGUUGUAAAUAAAUUCUUAGUGGAAAACGUAAUCACACGGAAACGAGCAGUCACUAGCGUGUUGUUAGAAGAAGAAUAUUCUAACUUGGUAUUUGCCAAAACUAAUUUGAUUUAGCCGUGAUAUUAUGCAUCUCUAAUACGGUAUGAGUGCCGUUAAAUUUUCACGCAUCAAAUUUAACAUCAGCGGCGAAAUUUUCGAAACAUUCGAAAAAACUAUGCAACGCUAUCCCGACACCUUGCUUGGUGAUUUUAAGAAAAGAGGUUCAUUCUAUUGUCAUCAGCGGAAUGAAUACUUUUUUGAUAGAAACAGGUUAAGUUUCGCGGCUAUUUUAUAUUUCUACCAGUCUAAUGGCAUUUUGUCUUGCCCUGCUGAAAUACGAGUUGAAGAUUUUGAAGAAGAAUGCAUUUUCUUUGAAUUGCCUGUGGAUGUUAUAAAGAGAAUGAAGUUUAAGGAAGGUGUUAUGUUUGAGGAGGAGGAAGAAGAAGAAGAUGAAAAUUCUGAAAUUUUUCAAGAUGAAAGAUUCAUGUGUCUAUUUCAACGUAAAGCAUGGGAUCUGUUGGAAAACCCAGAAACAUCAGCAUGUGCUAGAUACUUUGCUUUAUUCUCCCUGAGCAUCAUAGCGGUCUCCAUUGUUGUUUCCUGUUUAGAGACUAUGCCAAACUUAAACCAACAUCACGACCACGGUGCUAUAAAGAGCAACCCAUGGUCGUUGAUUGAGCUCAUCCUGAACACGUGGUUUUUGUUUGAGUUGAUGAUACGCCUUGUAUUUUCUCCAAACAAAAAAAAAUUUUGCACAAGUUUUUUAAAUUGCAUAGAUGCUCUAGCUAUCAUACCUUACUUCAUCCUUUUGAUUGUUGCAAGCGAAAGCGUGAAAUCUGUGAAAAUGUUACGAAUGUUACGCCUGUUGCGAGUUUUUCGAUUAUUUCGAUUAUCGAAGCAUUCGAAACGAGUGAAGGUUGUCGGUGACAUUAUCCGGUCAAGUCUUCACGAUUUACAAAUUUUGAUUGUAUGUUUGCUCAUGCUAAUGGUGUUUGGUGGAAGCCUGAUGUAUUACAUGGAAGAUCGAGAGGUGUUUACAAGCAUACCCGAGUCGCUGUGGUGGGCAGUACAGACCAUUACAACCCUCGGCUACGGCGACAUAACACCCACAAGUUCUGCUGGAAAAUUAUUUGCUGCUUGUUUCAUGGCGUUUGGAGCUUUAACAAUUUCUUUACCAGUCCUCUCUAUUGUCACUAAAUUUACAUCUUACUAUGCAACAAACCUUUAAGUUGAGCGACAACAUUGUUUGUUUUUUUCGAUUAUACUAAAUACUUAAUUUACUACGAAGAAUUGUGACCAACAAAAGACGAAAACUGAAUAACCUUACUGCAGCUAUAAUAAAACUUCGUACGAGCUUCUCGGGAUAGUUAUCAAAUUUACAAAUGAUUCUAGUGCAUUAACAGAUAUGGUAAAACCUGACUGAUUAUUAUUGUAAAACAAACAAUUAAAUUUGAAGACACGCGAUCGAGGACUCUCUUUAAUUACCAGAGCAGGGUAAGUUUGGAAACAGGAGUUAUUUGAUUUUGUGAGUAGGCCAAUUUCCAAACUCUUUAAGUACAAAAU